AACACCUUCUUGUUGCAUUUUGCUCACCAUGGAGGACUUGUAUGAAAAAGUGAGCUCCAAAUUGAAUUUAUUCAAAUUGUUGUGAAUAAGGAAAAACUACAAGUUUGUUCCCAGUGAUCUUUCAUUUAUAAUUAUGACUUUUUCCACCAAAAUCAAGAAAACUGCAGUACAUAGUUUCUGCAGAGCGGCAGGAUUUUAUCAGAAAUUUCCUUCCAAGUUGUGUACAGAUAACUUUCUUUAUAUAUUUAUAUCCUCCAUCAUCAUCAAAAUGCCUUUUAAAUGAAUUUAAAUUAAAAAGAUUUUGGACUUUUAGCGCAUUAUAAAACAAUUCUACUAAUAUUUGCAAUUGUGUUGCCAAUAUGUAAAAUCACAACUCUUCUAAUUUAAAUAUGAUGACUUCUUUUAAAGCCUUCUAUAAUCAACUCUUUGCAUAAACAUCAAUCUUAGAGGGAAAAUAGACUUUACUAAUCAGUUCUGAUCAAGAGUCAUUUUAAACCAACAAAAACGAUAACAUUUUGGACUUUAACAAAAUUCCUAGUUUUUUAAAUUCACGAAAACUAAACCGUAAUAAAUGUAUUUUUCAUUUGUUAUUAUUCAUAACAUCAGUUUCUUUUUCGUUGGACCAUAAAUCAGCGCCACAGGAAGAUGUUUGUCAUGCGCAGUGAGGAAAGUUGGAGGAAACAGGAGGUCUCACUCUGAGCUGAUUUUUCUCCGCACAUAAAUGACCUGCAUGAGAAAGUUGAUUUGUCUUUAACCUCUUCAAAGAUUAAUAUGUGCGAAAUGAUUAUCCAAACUGUCUUGAUCUUUAUGAAGGUCUUUCAUGAUAUAUGUUGCUCUGAUGCUGUUUUAAAAGUUUGUUGGUUUCAGUCCAGAUUGUGAAAGUUCUCCUUCCAGAAAGUGUAUCUUGUGUCUCAUCAGAAAAUUCACUCAUUAUCAUAACAAUUAUUUUUCUUGAAAAACUAAGAAAAAUAAACAACAUAUUUAUUUCCAUUAAAUGCGCCCAGACGAACAUUAUUUUCUCUUUAACUGGCUUAAAUCAUUUAAUCCACUACUGCUCUUCUGGUUCUGCUCUUUCUUUUUUCUGGCUAUUCAUGCAGUGAUAUUCUUAGGAGUUAUUUAUUUUAUUUUUUUUUACUAUUGAUUUAUUUUCCCUUCACCUUGAUUUUUUGCAUAUUUUUCCUUUCUUUGCACCUUGAGUUGUUGUUGAAUUUCCCCAUAGAGGGAUCAAUAAAGUUUUUAUCUUACCUACCUUAUCAGAGAGAAGGAUUCUCCCGUAUGUGUGAUAAAUGUUUUAAAUAAAAAGAAAGGGCUUCUAUAAUACAAUAAUGUAUAAAAUGAACAAUUUUGCACAAAACCGUAGCACAGAAGUCAAAUAAGAUGUAUCACGUGGAAAGUAAAUAAAUAAAUAAAAAGGAAAAAGAAACAUAGGUUACUGUAUACUAUAAAAAAUGAUACAUUUUUUUUCUAAUAUUAACAGUACUAUAGAUAAAUAACGAGUUACAUUUUGUAUCUCUCCUUUAACUUUGUGAAAACUGCACCAUUUAUUUACAUUUUGUUAUAGACUGCAAAAGAAAGAGAUAUUUGAUAUUUUUCUACUAUUUUUUUCAUUAUUUUUUAGCAAUUUUUUUCCACUUUUAAUUGGUUUUAAUUUUUUUAGAAUGACACAAAUUUUAUUUAAGCUUUUAGACAAAACAACUGUUGCAACAUUGACUUAUAAUACAUUUAUACCACAAUAUUUAAGGCAAGCAAUCUAGAAAUUAAAAAUAAAAUUUAAUAUUGUUAAUUUUUUAGUUCAUAUUUUUUUAGUUUCACAUUUAGGCAUGUUAUAAAGGAGUAAGACAUUCUAAGCAGUGUAGUUUAUUUUUCGCAUCGGAGUGGCUCCUCUUUCUGCUGGAGGAUCUUUGUCGAGUACAAUGACAGUUCUCUCUGUUCUGGAGUUUUUCUGCUGUUUUCCCGGCGCUCCGCUCCGCCGGUCUCUUUUCUCAACACGGAACUUUACUUUACUGGGAUUCUAGCACGGAACGGAACGAUUGAACCGGGUUCCUUUUGGUCUGAUAACUUGUUGAAACUUUUCCUGGAGCGCUGGAGGUUCGAUCGGGAUGAGGAGGACUCGCUGACGCGUCUACCUGCCCGCUGAAGCCGGCGAGGCGAGGCCAUGGACGGUGGCGGGGAGCGCUCCGACGUUCGGGAGUGUUCGGGCGUUUCCGGAGGAGCGAACUUGGAGCUGCAGAAACUGCAGUCGUUCAAAGUGUACCGGCGGAGGUGGUUUGUGCUGCUGGUGCUGUGUUUGUUAAACUGCUCCAACGCGACGAUAUGGCUCACCUUUGCGCCCGUAGCCGACCAGUCUGCCCAGUACCUGAAGGUCAGUCUGGAGGACAUCAACUGGCUGUCGUUGGUCUACAUGGUGGUGGCCAUCCCGCUCAGCUUCGGAACCACCUGGAUGUUGGACACGCUGGGCUUACGGAUCACGCUCAUCCUGGGAUCCUGGCUGAACAUGCUGGGAGCGAUGCUGCGCCUCGCUGGGCAGGACCCCCUGGUCUCCAGUGAGGUCCACUUCAUCCUGGUCAUGCUGGGUCAGACCAUCGGCGCCGUGGCUCAGCCGCUCAUCAUCUUCACCCCCACCAAGGUGGCCGCACUGUGGUUUCCCGACCACCAGAGGGCCACGGCCAACAUGAUCGCCUCUAUGUCCAACCCUCUGGGCAUCCUCCUCGCCAACAUCAUCUCGCCUCUGAUCGCCAAGUCCGCCGCACAAAUCCCAGUUCUGCUGCUCGCCUAUGGAGCUCCGACGUGCAUCAUCUGUUUCCUAGCAACAGUGGGAAUCCGGAGCAGCGAGCCCCCGACUCCACCCUCAGCCAGCGCCGAGUCUUCCGGGUCAGAACCAUUCGUCCAGGGAUUAAAACUGCUGCUGAGGAACAAAGCGUACCUGGUGCUGCUGCUGUGCUUCGGCUCCGGCAUCGCCGUCUUCACCUGCUUCUCCACGCUGCUGGAGCAGGUCCUGUGUGUGCGGGGAUACACCAACGACUUCGCCGGGCUGUGCGGCGCUCUCUUCAUCGUGUUCGGCAUCGUGGGCGCCGGAGCUCUGGGUCUCUACGUGGACAAGACCAAGAAGUUCAUCGAAGCCACGAAGAUCAACAUGGGGUUGACGGCGCUGGCGUGCAUCGCCUUCUCUGUGGUGUCUCUGAUGCCGCAGCAGAAGGUUGCCGUCGCCGCCGUCUGCUCGCUCUUCGGCUUCUUCGGCUUCUCCAUUUAUCCGGUGACCAUGGAGCUGUCGGUGGAGUGCUCCUACCCGGUGGGAGAGGCCACGUCAGCCGGGCUGGUCUUUGUGUCGGGGCAGGUUCAGUCGGUUCUUUACAUCAUCAUCCUUCAGGCUUUAACCAAACGAGUCGCCGACUCGCCUCAGUCGACCUGCGGGGACGCAGCGUUCAGCUGGAGAGUUCCUCUGAUGGUGAUGGCCGGUCUGUGCAGCUUCUUCACCUGCAGCUUCAUCAUCCUCUUCCACAGCCGUUACAGACGCCUGGAGGCCGAGGAGGAGGCCACCAACCGGACCAAGAGAUUCAACUCCACGGCCACCGGGGGGCGCUCUCCCAGCACAUGAAGACUUGUUACAAUUUUACUGUUGGGACUUUUCGGUUUCCUGGACGGAUUUUUAUGAAGUCCCUGAUGGAGGGUUAGAAGAGAAACGGUAAUCCCGUCUAAAACUUUGGAAAGUUUCCCUUUUUUUAAGCUGAAAAAGUUCAGGAAAUUCCUCAGGAAUGAACUGAAAACGGUACUGAAUUUAAAAAUAUGACAGAACUCUGGUGCACAAAAACAGAGGUACGUCUUUAAGCUUUUAUGUGAAAAAUUGUUGAUUUUAAUCAUAGUUUUGGCUUCUUGGAGCCAGUGGGCACUUCCUGUUUGAACCAUCAGGGGGGCGGAGUCACUCACUCCAGUUCUCAUAUACAGUUUUAAUGGAAAAGGAAUAAAGCUGAUUUUAUAGAAUGACUUUUAUAGCAAAUUAUGCCAAAAAAAUCUAUUUUUACAUGUUUUUAACUGGAAGUGAUUGUUUCUGAAGCUCUUACCUCAACGUACGACUUUUUAACUCGUUCUAAUGAACUUAUUGUUUGCUUGUUUUUAUUUUUGAAUAAAUUAAGGACAGAAAAGUUUGUUAAAACAGAGAAAA